AUGGGUGCGUAUCGGUUGUGUUUGGCGUUUCUGCUGUGUACGUGUGCCGUCACCGUUAUUGGUCAUAUCAACAACACAAUGAAGACGGCAAUGAUAGCCCUACGGGCAGAACUUUUAACGAACCUGGGACCCAAUGUACCGCCGAUCACAUUCGAAGGGAGUGCCAUCAAACUCAACUUCUCCGUCGCGUCGUUACAUAUAAACGAUCUCAACUCUGCGACGGAGACUCUCCAUUCAACGGCUCAUGUUCUGAUGGCCUGGUACGACAAGACUGUCUCCUGGUCACCUGGCAACCACUCCGGCAUCCAACAAUUGCAGUUCGACAUAUCCGAAGUGUGGACGCCCGUCUUGCUGCUUAGCAACUCCGUCGGGAAUUCCGCCACUUUCUCGACCACCGUGCCCAUCCUACUGACGGCUGAUGGGAAAUUCCUGUGGCAGAUCCCAGCAACGUGGGCGACAACUUGUACAAUCUACAUAGAAAGGUAUCCUUUUGACGAACAGUUCUGUGACCUGAUGUUCACGAGAGUUGAAGGCUUCCUUCUUGACAUCACCGCCAACACCAGCAUCGGCCCCAACACCGACAUCGGCGUUCAGCCUGACACGACUGGUGAAUGGGAGUUUCUCAGCGUCUCUUUGGUUACAUUUGGAAAGGAAAGGCAACUCCCCGGCGUACACUAUCGCAUUCACAUGAAACGGAGGUACCUAUUCCACAUGCUGAACGUUGUGUUUCCGAUGUCUAUCCUGUCGUUCACGAGCUCUAUGGUGUUCCUAUUACCGACGAGGUCAGGGGAAAAAAUUGGCUUUGUUAUGGCUGUGUUUGUGUCUAACGCCCUUUUCCUCACCUACAAUCAAGAGUCGAUGCCACACACCUCCACCUCCGUGUCCAGUCUGUCAGUAUAUCUCACACUCAUCCAAAUUCAGGAGUUUCUCACCAUGUUAGGAACCAUCGUUGUGCACAUCGUCUAUGAUCAGCGAAUAGUGAACCAAGAGUUGAAGGUGAAGGUCAACAAAGUAAAGGUAACCCCAGUCGACAGCGACGGCUCAGAUCCCAAGAGAAGGUCUUUACGGGAUCGAUUCCGAGAGGCCCCAGCUGACCGAAAACUGGACUGCAUAUUCUUUUGUAUAUCUUUCUUCUUAGCUCUACUUGCUUACAUGACUAUCAUCUUAUAA